CCAAAUGCGCGCAUUCAGGAUAGAGCCUAACGGAAGAUGAACAUGUCGUUCGCCCUUGUGGAGUGGAAAGAAGAAACGGAUAAUGAAAGUUGGAGCAUUGUUUCAACAACACAAAUCAAGAACUUCGACAAAAAUGAUUUCUUAGACGGAUUGGACGAAACAUCUGUAUAUUUGAUUGAGUGGAGAGGCGGAUUGAAAAAAAAACCUAAAGGCGGAUGGCCGUUGUACGAGGCAACGGUGCAUAAAAUUGCAGAGAGACAGUCCACCCUUGAAAAAAUAAUGAGAACACAACAUCAUUCCAGUCCAAAACUUCUGACCAAAAGAAAAUACAGGCCAAACCCUAGGUUUGCUGAAGAGGAGACCGGUAACAACAGACCAUCUAGCCCCAAAAAGAAGCAAGCUAGUGUUGGAAAUUUGGACAAGGAGCUUUUGGAAAAAAUAAAAGUACACCAUGGACUUCCUCUAAUCUCAUCUGCCGCAACUGUAGUUGCUCCAACUUCACCUGGCUCAGCUUCUCUCACACCACCUCUUCCUAAAUGUCCAACUACACCUUCCUCAGCUCCACCUUCGCCUGGCUCAUCUACCAAAUCACCACUUCCUAAAUGUCCAGCUGCACCUUCCUCAGCACCACCAGCUUCACCUCCCUCAUUGUCGCCUGCUUCUCCUCUUGCCGACAUAAUAGGACAAUUAAAGGCAGAAAACGAAGUCCUGAGACAUGAAUUAGAAAAUCUGAAAACAAAUGUUGUCAGUCAAAUGCCAAAACUUCUCAACACGAUGUGCAAGCUGGGGCAAUGGCUUGAAGCCAAUGAACAGAGCUCACAAAAACAAAUGGCAUUGCCUUCUUCCUUACCGGAAAAUCUUGAAAUUCACCCUGGCUCAGGAGUUUAUGUGCCCAGAAAUGUGUUGUGGUCAGCAAGCCAUGCCAACAGCCCUACAACCAUGGCACGGAUGCUUCUUCUUGGGGUUUUUGACAUUGAGGUGCUUCUAAAGAGCAAUCUCAGAGGUGGCAAGUCUAGGAAUGCUAACUCUGAGGAAACAAAAGAGGCACUGGACAGAGAUAAAAUUAAUGCAAUAAUGAAUGCAGUAAUCCAGAAGUUUCCUGGUACCACCAGAGGUCAGAUAGGAACCGCAAUAAAUCAAAAGGUCACGGAGUUGCGGUUAUGCAAGAAGACCCAACAGACUUAAAAUAUAGUUAUGCAUUUUGGUGGAUUUAGAUUUUCUGAGCUUGUGGUGUUUUAUUGUAUGUUCAGUGUUGAGUUGUGUUCUAAUUCUGUUUCUAUUUUUUCUCUUUAAAUUAAACUAUAUAAAAAAGUUUUA